AUGCGAUGGGCGCUCAGCUCUUACGCCGACCCCCAAAAUCGUUAUAAUGUCGACGCAUUCUAUCACCCAAACGCCGAUCAUGGCGGUACCGUGAACUUUCGAGGUGGUCAUUACCUACAGCAAGACAUAUCGGCUUUUGAUGCCCCUUUUUUCUCGAUCUCUCCCGAUGAAGCAAAGACGAUGGAUCCGCAGCAGCGUUUGCUGCUCGAGGUGGUCUAUGAAGGCUUUGAGAAUGCGGGCAUUCCUAUGAGCAAAUACGUGUCUUCGCGCACAGCGUGUUUCGUCGGCGCAUUUACUCGCGACUACGAAGGACUCUUGGGUCGAGACCCGGAGAAUCUUUCGGCAUAUCAGGCAACGGGUAAUGGAAUGGCGAUGCUUUCCAACAGAGUCAGCUGGUUUUACGAUCUCAAAGGCCCCAGCAUGAGUCUCGAUACAGCGUGUUCAAGCAGCUUGACAGCUUUCCAUCUAGCUUGCCGAAGCCUGCAACAUGAGGAAGCGGAAAUGGCGGUCGUAGCAGGGUCCAAUCUCUUCUACAAUCCCGACCAGAUGGUUCCCUCCACAGCCAUGCGCUUCCUUUCCCCUGAUAGCAAGUGUUACUCUUUUGAUCACCGGGCAAAUGGUUACGCUCGAGUCGAAGGGCUCGGGGCGGUGAUUAUAAAAAGGCUCUCCAGUGCCAUCCGUGACGGCGACACAAUUCGUGCCGUGGUGCGAGGAACAGGUGUCAACCAAGAUGGCCGCACACCAGGCAUUACGCUUCCCAGCCAAGAAGCACAAAGAUCCUUGAUUAGGGAAACAUAUGCCAAAGCUGGACUUGAGCUGGGGCAAAGCAGAUACUUUGAAGCACAUGGUACUGGCACAGCGGCCGGUGACCCUCUGGAAGCUGGAGCCAUAGCAGCGACUUUUGCUGAGGCUAGAACAAAAGAUGAUGGCGAACCACUCAUCGUCGGGGCAAUCAAAUCCAACAUAGGGCAUCUUGAAGGUUCAAGUGGUUUGGCUGGACUAAUCAAGACCAUUCUGGUGUUGGAGACAGGCAAUAUCCCUCCUAACAUUUGGAUGGAGAAAGUCAAUCCAAAGAUUCCAGCAAAGCAAUGGAAACUCAAGUUUCCCACGUCUAAUACUCCGUGGCCAAGCAGCGGAUUGAGGCGGGCCUCGAUCAAUUCCUUCGGUUACGGAGGAAGCAACUCUCACGUCAUUCUUGACGAUGCAUACCACUAUCUGCAGCAGCACGGGCUCGAAUGUCGGCACAAUACAGUUCUAAGCCCUGGUGUCCCAUUGAAUGGUGUCAACGGAACGCAUACAAACGGCGACUUACACAAUGGCACUCCUAUGAAUGGUACAGACUUGACCCCUGCGAACCUAUUCUUAUGGUCUGCCUCAGAUCAAAAGGGAAUAGAACGAGUGCCCAUUCGAUCUAGUCAAGAGCCAAAUAUCGGAUUUAUAUUCACAGGCCAAGGAGCUGAGUGGCAAGGCAUGGGAAAAGCUCUAUACUCGAGAUAUCCCAUCUUCGCAGACAGCUUAAGGGCAGCGGACGUUUACUUGCGAGAAUCUCUAGGCGCCACGUGGUCCCUAUUAGACACAUUCCUAGAUGAUGAAAACACAACUAGGAUUCAUGAUCCGGCCAUUAGCCAACCUCUUUCCACGGCUUUGCAAGUAGCGCUCAUGGAGCUGCUUUCAAGCUGGGGAUUGGCGCCGUCGAGGGUCGUCGGUCAUUCGUCUGGAGAGAUAGCUGCAGCAUUCUCAGCCGGCAUAAUCAGCAGAGAGUGUGCCUGGGGCAUCGCUUAUUACCGUGGUGAAGCAGUGGUGGAAGCGGUGUCUUCUGAGGGCACAACCAACACUGGCGCAAUGAUGGCGGUCGGAGCAUCUGAGCAAGUGACACUUCAGUACAUCGCAAGACUCGAAGAAAGCAGCAAGAUACUCGUAGUCGCAUGCGUAAAUAGUCCUACCAAUGUCACGGUUUCAGGGGACGAGGACAUGGUUGACAAGCUGAAGCUUCUCCUCGAUGAAGAGGGCAUCUUCUCCCGCAAGCUUCAUGUCAAGGCUGCGUAUCACUCUCCGUACAUGAACAGAGUCUCAGAGGCAUACAGGGCCAAACUCGAAACGCUCGAUGUUGCAUCGUCCGGCCAAAAGAACAAGAUUGACAUGUUUUCGUCUGUCACGGGGACGAUGGCCGACAAAGCGUCCGUUGCGAUAUCAGAUUACUGGGUGUCCAACCUGGUCUCCCCAGUCCUGUUUCAUCAAUCGUCUCGGGCAAUGUGCACGCAGCGGCCGACGAAGAAGGGAAUUACGAUUGGCAGUCAAGAGAGCCCCUUGGAUAUUCUCAUCGAGGUUGGGCCACACUCGGCGCUACAAGGACCGAUGAAGCAGACAAUGGCUGCAGAGAGCAACUUGAAGGGUAUGCAGUAUUUCUCGAUGCUAUCUCGGAGCAGAUCAGCGAUAGAAACCGCGUUGCAGUUGGCGGGAAACCUUUACAAGUACGGCUCGAAACUUGACUUCCAAUUCAUCAACAGUCCUGGUUCUCAGGAAAUGCUUGUUGACUUGCCAAGCUACGCGUGGAACCACGAGAACAAGUACUGGUGCGAGAGCCGCAUGAGCAAGGGGUUUCGCUUUCGAAAGUUUCCACGGCAUGAUAUCCUUGGUGCACCUGUCUCGGAUUGGAACCCGCUCGAGCCUCAAUGGCGGAAUGUCCUCAGGGUCUCUGAGAAUCCUUGGCUUGUGGACCAUAUGAUAACGGACGUGGUGCUUUAUCCAGCUGCGGCAUCUCUCGUCAUGGCCAUCGAAGCAUCGCGUCAACUUGCUGAUGUUACUCGGACAAUAUCAGGCUAUCAGUUACGUGAGAUAACUCUUCAUGAAGCUCUGGCAAUACCCAAAACAGCCGACGGCGUGGAGACAAUGUUCUGCAUGCGACCGCACGGUGAUAACAGCUUCGGAGGCUCUGCUACAUGGAAUGAGUUCCACGUAUAUUCUUACAGUGAAGAAUAUGAAUGGCGUGAGCAUUGCCGUGGACUCGUCUCCGUUGAGUACGAGACCCAGCCUACGGAUUCACCUGGUAAAGAAAGCGAAGUUGAAGCCGAGGCACGGGAGCUCCAAGAGCUCGUCAAAGGCGCAGAGACUCGUUGCCAGAAAGAGCUGGGUCGAAAGCAGAUGUACGAUCACUACGAAUCUAUUGGGCUGCAGUACGGCCCGACAUUCAGGGCAAUCCACAACAUCAGAUACACUGACAACGAAGCCAUUGGAAAGAGAGAACUCAUUGGAAAUAUCAAGAACCCAGAUUUAAAGGCAAUCAUGCCAAACGGCUACUAUCACCAGCCUGUGAUUCACCCAAUCACACUAGACAACUUACUGCAACUAUUGCUUCCUGCCAUGGGACGUGGAAUUGCAAGUUUGGACGAGCCAAUCAUACCAACUCUCAUCGGAAAGCUUUGGGUCUCAGCUUCAAUAUCUGUCGAUGCCGAUUACAGCUUCUCGGGCUAUGGUAACGCAAGAUGGAUGAGUGCCCGAGAGGCCAGAGGCUGGGGUGUUCUGAUGAACGAAGCUCGACAAUCGCCAUGGGUUAUCCUCAGAGACUCUGUCUCGAAAGUUGUGCACUCUGCGGACUUCUCCACGGCGCCUCAAGCGACUCAAAACAGACAGGUUGGGUCCUUCAACAUUGCAUGGCAACCAGACGUGGACUUUGUCGACACGAAACAUCUUAUUCAACUGUCGGGAGACACAAAACAGAAAGACUGGACAACUGAAACGCAUGACCUGGAGUUGUUGGGCAUCAGCUAUAUCAAGGAAACUCUUGCCGCCUUGGAGCAGGACUCACGCAUAAAUCUGCCCGAACACUUGGAGAAAUACGUCGCCUGGAUGAGAUUCCAAGCGGAGAGAUUUGGACAGGGCGAAGAGCAAGAGGUUGACCGAGUCGCACUAGAAGAAAAGGUUGAGGCUUCCUCAGUGGACGGUCAAGCCAUGACGAGGGUUGGUCGAAACCUAGGUCGGAUCCUGAAGCAGGAAACUGGUUUCCUGGAGCUGUUGGCCGAAGAUCAGCUUCUGGACCGAUUUUACGAGUUCGCCAUUGGCAGCGAGACACUUCAUCAACACCUUGCCACCUACUUGGACACGGCUGCCUUUAAGAAUCCAGACAUGAAUAUCCUCGAGAUUGGAGCUGGCACUGGCUCUGCUACCAAGACUAUCCUUAAUGCACUUACCGGCGAAGGAAUGGUGAGAAUUGCUAGGUACAUGUACACGGAUAUAUCGGGCGGCUUCUUCGACAAAGCGAAAGAGAAGUUCCAAGACUGGAUAGACAUCAUGACAUACAAGACUCUCAACAUCGAGGUUGACCCAGUGGAGCAAGGUUUCGAGCUCAACAAGUACGAUGUGAUUGUAGCGUCUCACGUUUUGCAUGCUACUGCGCGACUGGACGUCACGUUGGACAACACCAAGAAGUUGUUGAAACCGGGCGGUAAGCUCAUCUUGGUGGAAAUUACCAACCCGGACCUCUUACGCUCGCCGUUUCUCUUCGGUCUGCUUCCAGGGUGGUGGCUGUCCAAAGAGAAGAACAGGAAAUGGGGACCUACCAUUACCGCGGACGAGUGGAAUAAUUUGCUUCAGCGCCACGGUUUUGAGGCCUGCGACCAUAUUAUUAAAGACAUGGAAGAUCCCAGUCUUCACCAAGCUAGUAUCCUGGUCAGCACCUAUAUGCCUGACCGUCAAGUCUCCGGAACAGAUGUUGUAGUGGCCACAUCCCCUAGCAACCCGCAGGAGGCUCUCGCAUCAGAAGUCCAAGAUAGACUACAGCAACAGGGUCAAACAGCCACCAUAUUGCCUUUCACAUCAAUUAGAAAGCAUGACAUUGCUAGGAAACUAGUCAUAUGUAUUGCUGAGCUCUACGACACUAUGAUUCAUAAGCUUAAAGAGGAUGAAUAUGCAGACCUACAACACAUGGUUGGGGCUGCUUCAGCUAUAGUCUGGGUCACGAAAGGAGGCACCUUUACCACAGAAAACCCGCUGUCUGCACUGUCAAAUGGAUUUGGACGCAAUGUCCGGGCUGAGCGCGAAGGGUACCGAUUUGUCAGACUUGACCUGGAGGAGGACGUGGUCGUGGAGUCGGCGGCGGAUUCAAUCACCAAAGUGUACAUGCGUCUCUCAACGUCGCCUGCAAUCACUGAGAAUGAGUAUGCGGUCAAGGAUGGAAACCUCUUCAUCUCCAGACUGGUUCAUGACGAUCAAUUUGCCGAGACUUUCACCUCCUUGUACGCGAAGCCGGAGACUCAGCUUGUCCCCUUUACCAAGGAUAACCGAGCUCUGAAAUUGGACAUUUCGUCUCCAGGAACACUAAGUACCUUUCACUUCCAGGACGAUGAUGUAUAUGGUGUUGAACUCGGUCCUAAUGAGAUUGAGGUUAAAGUCAAAGCUGUAGGACUCAACUUCAAGGACGUGAUGAUUGCGAUGGGUCAGCUUAGCGAUACUUGGCUGGGCAAUGAAUGCUCAGGCGUCAUAACUAGGGUAGGCAAAGACGUGAGUGAAUUCACGGUUGGAGAUAGGGUCUGCAGUGUCGGUGUUGGAACAUUCCGAACCUUUUACAGGGACGAUGCUCGCUUGUUCCAGAGGAUACCGGAGCAUAUGAGCUUUGCGGAGGCCGCUGCAUUGCCGCUCGUCUACUGGACGGCAUACUACUCCUUAUUUGAGCUGGCUAGGUUGAAGAAGGGCGAGAGUGUGUUGAUCCACGCUGCGGCGGGAGGUGUUGGCCAAGCAGCCAUUGUGCUUUCUCAGCUCAUUGGCGCGGAAAUCUUUGUCACUGUUGGUACGGCGGAAAAGAAGCAUUUCUUGAUGGAGACGUAUAAUAUCAAAGAGGACCACAUCUUUUCAAGUCGAGACCUUUCCUUUGCAAAAGGAGUCAUGCGAUUGACGAACCAACGCGGUGUUGACGUUGUUCUCAAUUCUCUAUCUGGAGAAGCACUCCGGCAGUCAUGGGAACUCAUGGCUCCAUCAGGUCGAUUCAUCGAGAUUGGCAGGCGAGACAUUGAUCUGAACAGGCGUCUUGAUAUGAGCGUGUUUGCUAGAGGCGCUACUUUUCCAUCUGUUGCCGUGGUCUUAAAGGACAAUCGCGACAUGGUCGGUCGAAUCUUGAGAGAGAUUAUGGAUCUGGCAAGGGAGAAGAAGAUCUCGCCUGCAAAGCCCUUGAAUCUCUUUCCAUAUUCGAAAAUGGAGGUGGCUUUCCGAUUCAUGCAGGCGGCCAAGCACAUCGGCAAGAUUAUCCUUGAACCUCAUGACGACGAUGUCGUACCGGCACUCCCUCCGAUGAAGAUGCCGCAAUACUUUGAUGAGAAUGCAUCUUACUUGAUCUCGGGUGGUCUUGGCGGCCUUGCUCGGAGCAUGGUGAGAUGGAUGGUUGACAAGAACCUGAAGAAUGUGAUCCUAUGCUCCCGAUCAGGGCCAAACAGUGACAAGGGCAAAGCAACGGCAAAGGAGCUGCGAGAGAGAGGCGUGAAUGCAACUAUUUAUGCUUGUGAUGUGAGCAACGCCGUUGAACUUGCUGCAGUGUUGGAGGAUUGUGCACGGAAGAUGCCGCCAAUCAAAGGGUGCAUACAAGCAGCCAUGGUAUUACGAGACUCGACUUUCGAGAACAUGUCGUACGCCGACUUCCAAGAGCCCCUGCGCAGCAAAGUUCCAGGAACCUGGAAUCUCCACAGCAUGCUGCCGGACACCCUAGAUUUCUUCGUCAUACUGUCUUCCUCAUCUGGCAUCAAUGGUACUCGUGGCCAGGCGAACUAUGCUGCAGGCAACACGUUCCAAGAUGCAGUAGCACAUCAUCGCGUCAGCCAGGGUCAACACGCCAUCGCCAUCGACCUCGGCUUUGUUCUCUCCGUUGGAUAUGUGGCUGAGGGCGGCAAUGCCGAGAUUGACAAUAACCUAAGCGCAUGGGGAUUCAUGGGUAUUCGCGAAGAGGAGUUCCUCGCCAUCAUAGAGUACUGCGUCAACCCUAACACACCUCGUCCGACACCCACAACGUGUCAAGUAGUCACCGGCAUCGAAAAUCCUGCCUUGAUGCGCGCCAAGGGUCUCGAGAAGCCGUACUACUUCAAGGAUCCUUUCUUCAGUCACCUCCAGAUUGCCAACAGGGAGGAGAACUCGUCUGCGCUUGGCGGCGACGACCAAGAGCGCGAACUGACUGCGCAGACCAUCGCCGCUCUACGCUCAGUGAAAUCUCUCGAUGAAGCCGCUGGACUGAUCAGAGUUGCUUUUGUGGCUAAGCUGUGCAAGGUUCUGAGCAUCAAUCAGGAUGAUCUUGAUGUGAACAAGCCGUUGUACACGUAUGGAGUGGACUCGCUGGUGGCGGUGGUGAUUAGGUAUUGGCUGUUUCGGGAUUAUCACGCAGAUGUGCCGGUGUUUGACAUUAUGGGAGGAAGUACCAUUACGGGAUUGAGCUUGAAAAUUGCAGCAAAGACGAAGUUUGUGGAUAAAUCUUUGAUCGAGAUGGAAGAACAGGAUAGAUUGGGCGUGGAAGCGGAAGAGUAGAGCUGAUUAUUGAUUGCCCAUGCUAAGCAAGACAUUUAAAGUAGGAAUAUCUAUCGAGUACAUAAUCAAAUAAUCUACCUAUCCUAGGCAAACAGCGAAAUAAAACUUUUGUUCCUUGCUUUCUUUCGAC